AUGGCAUCCGACCUGGAUCAGCUCAUUGAGAUGGGCUUCGACAAGGAGCGAGCUCAGCUGGCAGUCACGAGAACCGGUGGCUUACAGGGCGCAUUGGAAUGGCUCGAGAACAACCAGGACAAAUCGCUGGAGGAGAUCAAGGCACAAGCGGAGAAGGAUGGGGAUGAAGAGGGUCCGGCCCUCCAGCCUGGCGAAGAGCCUCGUAGCUUAGUCUGCAAUGACUGUGGCAAGAAGUUCCGUUCCACCGCUCAGGCCGAGUUCCACGCUUCCAAGUCUCAGCAUGUGGACUUCUCAGAAUCCACUGAGGAGCUCGCACCAUUAAGCGAGGACCAAAAGAAAGAGCGCCUCAAUGAGCUGCGAGAGAAGCUUGCGGCAAAGAGGGCGAUGCAAUCCGACCAGGACAAGGUGGAUCAGAAGCGCAAUGAGGAAAUUCGACGGAAGAGCACCAAGGAGAACCAGGACGCGAAGGAGCAGCUUCAGCGGAAAGAAGCGUUGAAGGAAGCCGCCGCCAAGAAGAAGGAGAAGCAGGACGAGAUCGAGGCCCGCAAGCGCAUCAAAGCCAAGAUCGAAGCGGACAAGGAGGACCGUCGCCGUAAGGCUGAGCGGGAACGCGCAGAGCGUGCAGGCCAGGCCCCUCCCUCGGAGCCUGCUGCGGCUCCAGCUCCUACAUCGUCGGGUCCAGUUGCGUCCAAGCCUGCCUCCGCCUAUACUGAGGCUCGCUUGAGGUUCCAGACUCCCCAAGGAAACAUUAUGAAGACUUUGCCCGUCACGACAACUCUAUUUGAGGUUGCUGCUGCUCUCAAAGAAGAUGGCGUGGAAGUUCAAAGCUUCGUCCAGAACUUCCCAAGGAAGGUAUAUGAUGCUGAAUUCUUUGGAGAGACCUUGAAGGAGCUUGGACUUGUGCCCAGCGCAAGCCUUGUCGUUCAAUGA